GGCAGAUGAUUCUGGCAGAGGGAGCAACAUCCGGCAUCACUGAAGCACAGAGGUUGGGAAAGCAACACUGCCACUGGGUUUGGGAGAGUUGGGGCUUCAGAACUAGCCCACUGGACUAUGGUUGGGGUUUGUAGGUAGGGUGGGAGUAGGGUUCCCCACAGUUCCCCAUGGAUCUUUAAGUUACUAAGGUCAAGAGGCUUUCUGUUCCCUUGAUUCCUGCCACCUGUGCCUCUUCCCGGCAGUCAUGCAGCCCAAAUUUCCCCAAGAGGCAUAAUUAGCAACAGGCUGAGAUUUUAGGGUCCAGAUGCAGGGUGGGGGUGAAAUGGGAAUGAGUGGGGAGGAAGCUGGACUUCACCCACAUUUGGUAAUCCCACCUGCCCAUAUAACUCCUCCCAAGCUGCAGAAAAGUAAACCCAGGGACCAAGGCAAUGUCAUUGUCUUUAUGGCUAGAUACUUCCAACUUUUCACUUGUAACUCAUAAGGGGACAGGUGGCACCUCUGCUGCCACUGCCUAGAUACCUCUCAUGCUGAGCCUCAGUUUCUGCAUCUGUAAAAAGGGGUCGAAAUGCUUAUCCAGUGAUAGGAUCUGGAGACCUGCUGAGACCACAGGAAGAGGACGUGCAGGCUGGAGUCCUGAUAGAAGAGGUGAUUAUGUGGGAUGCUAGAGGCAAACUGCCAAUCUAAAUAUCACCAUCCCGCAGUGCCUUUGUCAGCCUGCACCCUGAACUUUCUGGCAGGUGAAAUUGGCCUCACAGGCUCUCAGUGCUAUGGUCCCUGCCAUCUCUAUGGCCACAGCAUGGAGUACCAGCACCCAUGGCUGCCCUGGAAAGAUGUGUCCUUUUUUUUUUUGUAGGUGGAUAUGAUUAUCUUUUUUAAAAAUUAUUUUUAUGUGAUGCUGAAGAUCAUACCCGGUGCCUCACAUGUGCUAGGCAAGUACUCUGCCACUAAGCCAUAACCCCAGUCUAGAUGUGUCUUUUUUUUUUUUUCUUUUGGUGUGGGGGAUUGAACCUAGGGCCUUGUGCAUGAGAGGGAAGUACUCUACCAACUGAGCUAUAUCCCCAGCUCCCUGGAUGUGUCUUUUUGAAACUACUAAUGUCAUGGUUAGCCUCUGGUGUGAAGCAUCAGAGGUGGGCCUAACAUCCUCCUGUUGGACUCAGACCUCCAUGGCCAUGCUAAUAUGGCCCCCAGUGCUCUCCUCAAAGCCACCAUUAGGGGGUCCAUGGAGUGAUUGGGCCCUCCCGCUGUAAGACAUGUGCAUAGAUCUCAUUCCUUUCUGUAUAUGUGGAGUGGUAACCGCCCCCCCCACCUGAAAACUAUGUGCACAGCUGGACUCCUUAUAGACAGAUACAACGGUGUAAUGUGAAUGGAUUUAUUUCCUAGGGCUGCUGUAAUAAAACUCCACAAACAACAGACAUUCAUUGUCUCUCAGCUUUGGAAACUGGAGGUCCAGGACAAGGUGGCAGCUGGGUUGCACUCCCUUUGAAGGCUAUUAGGGAGGCUCUGAUCCAGGCCUCUCUCCCAGCUUCUGGUACAUCCUUGGCUGCUAUAGCAGACUCCAGUCUUAACACAGAACACUGUUUUGUGUGUGAGCCUGUGCCCAAGUUCUGUUUUAUUAUAAGCACUACAGUCACUUUGGAUUAGAGCCCAGUCUAAUGAACCCAUCUUUUCUUCUUUUUGUGAUGCUAGGAUUGAACUCAGAGCCUCAUGCAUGCUGGGCAAGUAUUUUACCACUGAACUACACCCCAGUUCUUUUUAUUUUAGACAGAGUCACUAAAUUGCUCAGGCUGUCCUUGAACUUAAGAUACCCAUGCCUCAGUGUCCUGAGUUGCUGGGAUUACAAGUGUAAGCCUUCCCAUUUUAUCUUGAUUAUUUCUGGGAAGACCCCCCAAUACAGUGGCAUUCUGAGGUUUAAAUCUUAGAGAUUAAGAUUUCAGAGUAUAAAAUUGUGAUGGUGGUGGGUGGGGAGUGGUCGCUAUGCUAUAACACAAGUAUAUCAUGGUAGCCAUUAGAAAAUAGAAAUUUUAGGAUGGGUGCAGUGACGCAUCCCUGUAAUCCUAGCGCUUCAGGAGGUUGAGGCAGGAGGAUCGCAAGUUCAAAGCCCAGCCUCAGCAAGAGCGAGACACUACGCAACUGAGACCCUGUCUCUAAAUAAAAUUCAAAAAAAUGCUGGGGAUAUGGCUCAGUGGUUGAGUGCCCCUGAGUUCAAACCUCUCCCCAUCAAUCAAUCAAUCAAUAAAAAAGAAUACAGAUUUUAUCUGGGUACAGAGGCAUACAUAUGUAAUCCCAGUGGUUUAGGAGGCUGAGUCAGAAGGAUGCAAGUUUGAGGCCCACCUUGGUAACUUAAGAAGACCCUGUCUCAAAGUAAAAAAUAAAAAGAGCUGAGGAUGUAGCUCAGAGGUUGAACAUUCCUGAGUUCAAUCCCUAACACGCAAAACAGCUACACAAUAAAUUUUUAGCCAGACUUUGUGGUAUAUGCCUAUAAUCCCUUGCUAUCUGGGAGGUUGAGUUAGGAGGAUUGCAAAUUGUGAGUAAUUUAAGGAGACUGUCUCAAAAUAAAAAGAGUUUGGGUGUAGGCAAGGGAGAAAGAAAGGAAGACAUCAUGUGCUUAGUGAGAUACAGAAUUUCCCUGACCUGAUACAGCCUCCACCCUACCUUUGACUUCUAAGGGACUGAUUCCAACUUAAGAGAUUGCAAGAUUAACCCAUGUAAAGCCAUACUUACCCCACACAAGUCAGCUGGUUGCUGCAUUGUGUCACAUUCAUAUGGGUACCAUCGUAACUAGUAAUUCUUUGCUAAUAAGCUGAAUAUCUAGUAAUUCUUUGCCAUGUAACAGACUUCUUGCCGAAAAUAAAACAAUCCCCAUAAGUUAGUUGUUUAAACAAGAGCCAUAUUAUUCAUAAUUGAAAUUGACCAAAUAAAGGCAGAUUUUAAAAAUUUAGUCUCAUGGGCUGGGGAUGUGGCUCAAGCGGUAGAGUGCUCGCCUGGCAUGCGUGCGGCCCGGGUUCAAUCCUCAGCACCACAUACAAAUAAAGAUGUUGCGUCCGCCGAAAACAAAAAAAUAAAUAUUAAAAAAUUCUCUCUCUAAAAAAAAAAAAAAUUUAGUCUCACAAUGAAAUAGUUUCUUUCCCUUGUUUGUUUCUAGAUCUUGCCCAGGAAUCUUAUAAUGUUUAUUUCAAAAUAAAUGUUAAUAAUAUAUUCUACUUUUUUUUUUUACCCUUUAUUUUAUUUUUAUGUGGUGCUGAGGAUUGAAUCCAACGCCUCGCACGUGCUAGGUGAGUGCUCUACCGCUGAGCCACAACCCCAUUCCAUAUUCUGCUUUUCACUAGAUAUCAUCAUAGCCCUAUGUAUGCCAUGUAAUAUUCAAAUGAAUCCUUUUAAAUCACAGUUGUUUCCUUUUUGAUGGUGACUGUAACCACUUCAAUGAACCAUUAAAUGCAUAGAGCGUUUUUAACAAUUUUUUUCUUUCUGGGAUAAAUUCUCAGGAGUGGAAUCGUUGGGUUAAAAGAUAGCGAACUUAUUUAUGGAUCCUGAGAUACAUUUGCAGUCUUUUCCACAGGAGAUUGAUCAGUUGGCAGGUUUCAUUUGCAAUGUUGGGAAACAAAUCUUGUUUCAAAUUGCCGGGGCUAAAGGAGAUUAGGUAUUAGUCUUUUGUUAACCUUUCAUUAGUAUUUUAUUAACUUUUUAUUGAUUGGAUUGUUGUUUUGGAUAAUAUUUUUAUAGACGAUGAAACAAGUGUGAUCCUGCUUCACCUCUUGGUGAUGCUGAGCUCGGGCGCCCCCUGCUGCCCAUUAUGACGCUGGCUGCAGGGCGGGUCCCCUAGGUCGCUGGAGUCGAGGCAGAGCUGGGGGAACCAUGGCCGAGCCGCAGGAGCAGUUACUGCAGCUCCAGAAAGAUAACCGAGAUGGCCGCAUGCGGAAGCAGGAGCUGGAGGAGUUGGUGCGCGGUCUCGAGGCCGAGAGCGAGAGCCUCACCGGGCGCCUACAGGAACUGCGCGAGCGCGAGCGCAGUCUGCAACGGAGGCGGAGCCAGGCGGCCGGGGCUCUAAGAGGGGAAGCGCGCGAGGCGGCGCGAGAGCGUGCGGAGAGGACGCUUGAACUGCUGGAGGCGGCGGAGCGGCACAAAUUGGACCUGGAGCAACACAAUCAACAGUUGCAGGAGCAGUGGGAGGAGCUGUCAAGUCAGCUCUUUUACUACGGAGGGGAACAACGGAAUCAGCAGCGCGCGGAGCAGCAGCAGCAACUCGGGACGCAACUGCUGACACUGCAGAAACAGCUGGAAGUGGUGGAGGCCAAGUACGCCACGCAGGCGGAGGACUUAUGGCAGGGUGCGCAGCGGACCGAGGAGGCCUGGGCCAGCUUCCAGGAGCAGAGUGGAGUCCUUCAGGAGCUGCAGGGGAAGGUGAUGGAGGCGGCGGCUGCGCUGGACACCUCGCGGGGCGGCCCAGAACCGUGGGACUCUCAGCUUCGCCGGGUGCAGGACUGCUCUGGCUCGCUGAUGGAGGAGGUGGCCAGGGCCGACUGUGAGAAGCGGCUGUUGGGCGGCGCAGGGGCUGGAGGCAUCAGUUAUUGGCGGACACAACAUCUUUGUUUGUAUGUGGUGCUGAGGAUCGAACCCGGGCCGCACGCAUGCCAGAUGGGGCCUUGCUAUGUUGCCUAGUCUGGCCUUGAACUUCUGGGCCCAAGAAAUUCUUCUAUCUCAGUGUUCUGAGAAGUUGAGACUACAGGUGCAUAUCACUAUGUCUGGCAAAGAUUACAUAUGUAUUUUGUUAAUUAUUCCUUGUCUAUAUGAUACUAUAAAAAAUUGCAGUAGGCCAUAAGACCCUCAUUCCAGAAGAUUACCACUCCAUACCUGGGAGGAUGGAAUAUCAGGCAAAGAUCAAAAAGAAUGUGGAUUGGCCUUACUGGGUUUCUCCCUUCAGUCUGCUAUAUCACAUUUCUACACAGCUGUUCACUCUUCAUCUAGUCUUGCAUAAAUAAUUUCCCUUGGAUCUUUCCAUCUUCAAUUCUGAAGUUUCCCAUAUCAAAGUCUUAUUAAACAAAUUUCUCAAAAAAAAAAAAUUGCAGUGCUGGGAUCACUGUACUGAACCCUAGUCUCCCAUGUUAAAAAAAAAUAAAAAAUGAACCCAGGGGUGCUUUACCACUUAGCUAAGUCCCCAGCCCUUUUUAUUUUGAGACAGUGCCUCACUUACUUGCUGAGGCUAUCUUCAAACUUGCAAUCCUCCUUUCAGACUCCUGAGUUGCUGGGAUUACAGGUAUGAGCCAGCUCACCCAGCUCAGCCCCCAAAUUCUUUUUUUUUUUUUUUUAAAGAAAGAGAGAGAGAGAGAGAGAGGAGAGAGAAUAUUUUUUAGUUUUCGGUGGGCACAUCUUUGUAUGUGGUGCUAAGGAUCGAACCCGGGCCCCACGCAUGCAGGCGAGCGCGCUACCGCUUGAGCCACAUCCCCAGCCCCCCCCCCGCCCAAAUUCUUAACCGAUUUCUUUGUAUUGCCUAACUGAACUGGUUAGGGGUUUCUAUACAAACUUGAAAAAAAGUGGCAACAGCAGGUACUUUUUAUGUUUAUUUUUUUUUUUGGUGGUGCUGGGGAUUGAACCCAGGGCCUUGUGCACACAAGACAGACAAGCACUCUACCAACUGAGCUAUAUCCCCAGCCCUCACAGGUACAUUUAUCUCUCUCUCUCUCUUUUUUUUUUUUUUUUUUCAUUUUGGGUGCUGGGAAUUCAACUCUGAGCCUUGCUUGUUCUAGGUGAGUUCUCUCUACCACUUAGCUACAUCUCCAGUCUCUGUGUUUUGAGACAGGAACUCACUAAGUUGCUCAGACUGACCUUAAACUGUGAUCCUCCUGCUUCAGCCUUUUGAGUAGCUGGGACUACAGGUGUGUGCCACCACCCCUGGCUUAUACCUCAGUUUCAUCUAGGGGGCACAUCUUUCAACAUUUUAACUUUAGCAAUUAUCAAGAAUAUAAGUAACAAUAAAUGUUGGUGAGGAUGUGGGGAAAAAGGUGCACCCAUACAUUGCUGGUGGGACUGCAAAUUGGUGCAACCAUUCUGGAAAGCAGUAUGGAGAUUCUUAAAAAAACUAGGAUGGAGCCACUAUUUGACUCACCUAACCUACUCUUCAGUAUACAUCCAAAGGAUUUAAAAUCAACAUACUACAGUGAUGCAGCCACAUCAAUGUUUAUAGCAGUUCAAUUCACAAUAGCUAAGCUAUUAGAACCAAGCUAGGUGCCCUUCAACAGAUGGAUGGAUAAAGAAAGUGGACACAAUGGAGUAUUUUACUCAACCAUUAAGAAGAAUGACUUCAUGAUAUUUGCCAGUAGAUGGAUGGAUCUGGAGACUAUUAUGCUAAGUGAAAUGAGCCAGUCCCCAAAAGCCAAAGGUCAAAUAUUUUCACUGAUAUGUGGAAGCUAGGGCUAGCUCAGUUGGUAGCACAAGGCCCUGGAUUCAAUCCCCAGCACCCCCCCCCCCACGCACACACACCUAAAAACAACCAAUAAAAAAAAACAAAUUCCACCUUUAAGAGAUGGGGAUGAUGAUGUAAUCCAGUGACUUAGGAAUCUGAUGUAGGAGAAUACCAGGCCAGUCUCAGUAAUUCAGAGAGGCACUCAGCAACUUAGUGAGAAACUGUCUCAAAAUAUAAAAAGUGCUGGGGGUGUGGCUCAGUGGUUAAGCACCUCUACAUUUAAUCCUCCAUACCAAAAAGAGUUGUGGGGCUGGGGUUGGGGCUCAGUGGUAGAGUGCUUGCCUCGAAUGUGCAAGGCCGAGUUCGAUCCUUAGCACCACAUAAACAUAAAGAUGAUGUGUUCAACUACAACUAAAAAAUAAAUAUUAAAAAAAAAAAAGAGUUGAGGGAUACAGCAGUUGUGUAGCAUGUGGGAGGCCCUGGGUUUGAUCUCACAUACACACACAAAAACCUAUUAGUCAGCUAAUAAGAGUCUUUUUUUUUUCCUAAUAUUUUUAGUUGUUAGAUGGACAUAAUACCCAAUGUGUUGAGGUUCGAACCUAGUACCUCACAUGUGCUAGGAAGUGCUCUACCAUGGAGCUACAACUCUAGCCCAAGUGGAGUGAUUAGUCCAUUAUUUAAUAUAAUUAUUGAUAUAGCUGGAUUUAAGUCUAUAAUUGUAAGAUUUCUCUAUAUCUCACCGACUUUUUUUUUUUUGUGUGGUACUGGAGAUUGAACCCAUGGACCCAUGGCUUUGCACAUCCUAGGCAAGCACUCUUACCAUGAAGCUACAUCUGCAGCAGCCCAACAUGUUAUUUUUUGUUCUUUUUCUACCUUCUUUGGGUUAAUAUAUACUUUUGAGACAUCUAAGUUGCUAAGACAUCAUCUUGCUAAAUUGCCUAGGAUAGGCAAGAUCCUUCUACUUCAGUUUCAACCCUAGCCCCUAUUUAUUUUAUGUGGCGCUAAGGACUGAACCCAGUGAGCUACAGGCCCAGCCCUAAUUUAAUUAUUAGCAUUUUUUAAAAAAUUUCUGGUGCUGGGGAUGUAACUCAGGGCUUUGCACAUGCUAGGCAAGUGUUCUACCACUGAACAAUCUACACUCCAAUAUUUUUAAAACCUUGUUUUAACUUACACAUUAAUUUCUUAUUUAUACUUUUACAUAUAUUGUUCAGGCUUCAACUGCUACCUGAAGCUGAGUAUUGAUUCUUCAUCAACUCUGGCAAUUCUAAGUUGAUAGGAACUUCUUGUUCACCUUUCUUAUUCUUCAUGCUGUGGUAAUUUCAUCAUUUUAGUAAUUCCAUUGCCCUUUCAGGUGAUUGGUUUUCUCUUUACCUCUGACCCAUUAUUAAGCCAAUCUUUACUUUUACCCAUUAUUAAGCCAAUCUUUAUUUUUCAUUUUUAGUAAUAGAUGGUCACAAUGUCUUCAUUUAUUUUUAUGUGGUGCUGAUAAUUGAACCCAGUGCCUCACACGUGCGAGGCAGGUGCUCUACCACUGAGUUACAGCCCCAGCCCUAGCCAAUAUUUUGAAUGAAAAAAAAAUUAUUUUCUGGCUUCGAUUCUUUUUUUUUCUACCAGAGAUUGAACCACACAGUGGUGCUUAGCCACUGAGCCACAUCCUCAGCCCUUUUUAUUUUGAGACAGGAUUUUGUUAAGUUGCUUAAGUCCUUGCUAAGUUGCUGAGGCUGGCUUUGAACUUGGGAUCCUCCUGUCCCAACCUCCCAAGCCACUGGGAUUUCACUGCACCUGUCUUAGUCUGCUUGCCUGCUUAAGAUAGAGAAAAUAAUGGGUUAGAAUAGAUAAAGUUAUUAGGAGCUAGUCAAGCAACAAUUUUGCAGUCCCAGAACACAGCACCUCUAAGAGAGAGAUGACAGCAGAAGUGAUUGCCCAUCAUGGGAAUGACUAGAGCAAAUGCAAAUGAAUGAAGCUUGCGCUUAGGACAAAAACAAGUGGGGUAACCUCCUUGGCAGUCCUGAGAGAGACAGAUGGCUCUGAAGCUGGCAGGAAUCAGUUGAGGAUAAUACAAUGUUAUUUUUGGCAUUUGUGUGAGGCUUAAGCCAUAACUGGUGUGUCUGGGCCAGCAACCUGCGAAAGUCCCAUGAGGGCAAUUCCCGAGCAGGAGGGUCUUUCCCCUCUAUAAAGGACACAAGGAGGAAAAGCAGGUAACACUGAGCCUUCCCCCUUCAGAAGCAAAGCUAGGACACACUGAUAAACUCAUCAGUCAAACCAGGCACAGUGGUGCUCACCUGUAAUUUCAGAGACUCAGGAGGCUGAGGCAGGAAUAUCCUGUUUGAGACCAGCCUCACCAAAACUUUGUAAAUAAAAAGGGCUGGGGAUGUAGCUCAGUGGUGGAGUGCCCUUAGCUCAAUUCCCAGUACUGCAAAAAUAAAAUUCCAACACAGCAUUUUUUUGG